UUCUCAACCUGGGUACUAUUGAUAUUGUAGGACAGAUCAUUCUUUGUUACGAGGGGCUGUCCUGUGCACUGUAGGAUGUGUAGCAGCAUCCUGGUCCCUAUUCACUGGAUGCCCAUAGACCCCCCCCCCCCGCAAAAUGCAUCCAGACGUUGCCAGAUGUCAUCUGGUGGGCAUAGUUACCCGUGGUUAAGAACCACUGGAUUUGGGAAUAGUGGAAAAUGAGACUUUAUAAGUAAAAUAAAAAUAGAGGUCUAGAAGAGUUUAAAAAAUUAGGUAAAGGGGGUUGAAUGUGAUGCAAUAGAUGGUAAAGAACUAUUGUAAGUAUCAAAAAUGUUGAACUUGAUGCAGUAGGUGGUAUAGAGCUAUUGUAAGUAUCAAUAAGACAAUUUUUUUUCCAUAAAAAACACCUAAGCACUAAAGUGACUCCAAGGAUUGUCACAUCAAGACUCAUUUGUACAUGGCAGUGCUUCUGUUAAUACUGUUGAUGUCAUUGAUCUUCGUGUUGGGGGGUGAUGGUUGCGCACCUAGGGUACAAAAAUGGAAUAAUGGACAGUGCGUGCGGUGUGAUGGUCUUUCUUAGGGCCUGGUUCCUGAGGGGAGCCAGCUGUUGAGCUGAACUGAGGUGUCGCUGUAGCCUUUGGCCUGUUGUGUUCGUCAGCUUUACCCCAAACCCCCCAUCAGACUACUGCAGGACCUUGCAGUGGAGGCGUCGUCAGCCCAGCCCGGGGGUGGCCUCUGGCCUCCGACCUGACGGUGCCGUGCGUGCACAGGGGCGUGAGCGGGGGUGGCUCAGGGAAUAUGGGGGAAGUUACAGCUUCAUGGUCGCUACCCUCUAACUGAAAAUUAGCAUCUCCUGCGGUUCUGGAAACAGGCAGAAAACCUCAGUGCCUGUGAUUCUCAGUAGUUGAAAUAGCAGAUGUUUUCAUAUUGCGUUAUCGUUUAUGCUCAUCCCUGCUUUGAGAUGACAUUAGACUCACUGAUUCAGUGUGUUAAAGAAGUGCAUUUGUUUUAACACUGGACAAGUUCAGCACACUUGGUUUUAUUUGCAAUCCUGGGAACUUUAUACAUUUAAAACAUAAUUCAGGGAAUGGGUCAGUUGGUGUCCUCAAACUGUCAGUGAGGGGACUGGCACAAAAAAAGUUAAAAACCCCAGCCCUGGAGGCCUGUUAGUGGAUAGGAGCUGGACUCUUUUCUGUGGCUGUCACUGUUUGGGGGUCCAUCUGAGGGCAUAGGAUUUGGAAUGUUAGCAUGUACCAUUCAGAUGUCUUCGAUGAUAUUUAAUGAUACAGAUUUUUGUUUUUUAGUUGUUCUAAAAAUGUGAUUCUGGUCCAUAAAUAUCAAAGUGAGUUUUAAACACAAAGCUUUAAAGAAGCCUGUGUAACUUUAAAGGCUGUCUCAGCAGAUGUCAUGAACUUCUGAGAACCUUUUUUAGAAAAGGUGUACGUAUCUGGGAAUUAGGAUUUGUGAUACACUAUGAGCGCCACUUUUAGGCUGACGCUUUAUGCAGUCUUGUAAUCAUUGGAAGGGGCCUUUGAGUUAAUCUGAUCUAAUUCCUCCUGCAAUGCUGGGGUCCCCUCUUGCAUCCUACUGAAAAGAACGCUGGUCAGCCUUUGACUGUCUUGAUUGCAGCAUCUGCAUCACCUGGUAGCUUGUUAGGCCUCUCAGGCCCUGCCCCGACCUGGUAUUAGUAUCAGGCUGUUAGUGUCAGACCUGCACUUUGGGAGAUCUGGAGGCAUUUUGCAUGUUAAAGUUUAAGAAGCAGCAAAGUAGUCUCUAUUUAUAAACACCUAUAACAGAAGUUUAAUUUUGUAAAAGCCAGAGUAUAAGCUUCUCCGUUAUUCCAUUUUUGUUCCCUAGGUGUCCACUGGAAACCCUGGUGGUGUAGUGGUUAAGAGCAAUGGCUGCUAAUCAAAAAAUUGGCAGUUCAAAUCCACGAGGUGCUCCUUGGAAAUUCGAUGGGGUAGUUCUGCCUUGUCUUGUAGGGUUGUUACGCGUCAGAAUCCACUCGAUGGCAAAGGUGUCCAAUAAAUAUUGAACCUAAAGCAGCUUUCCUGUAAGAACCACGGGAUGGUCUUUGUGCCACAUGACUGCCAGUAGCUUGCUUUGAUUCCUGGGUUUUAGCUCUGUCUUAUUAACUAUGGUGAAAUACUCUGAUGAUUGUAUGUAGUGUAAUGUAGAUUGCAAAAAUUUUACUUUGAAAUAACGGUGCUAUUUUAUGUCUGUUUAAUCCUGAAUUUCAUUAGAAUCUGAUGAUACGGUCAUCCAUUUAAGAGAUAGCUUAUUAAUUGCCUGCUUUGUGCCGGACACCCUUCUAAGCACAGGGGAAUACAGUGGUGAACAAAGCAGAUAAAAUGCUCUGCUGAGCAGAGAGAAGGUCUUGCUCAGAAGGUGUCGUUGGAGAAAAGACCUGAAGGAAAUGAAGGGAGCAAGCAGGGCGGGUGUCAAGGAAAAGAGAGUUUCAGCAGCGAGAACAGUCCAGGCCAACCGCAGUCAUCACAGGAACCAGGCACUGAAGGCCCACCCUUGGAGGUCAUAGGAAGACCGGCUUUGAUGAUGAGCUGUAAUUAGACAGCACAGUGGAGCAUACUAAUUGUUACAUUUAAAAAAUUAAAGUGAGGUUCUUACAAGAAAAAAGGAUUUUGAAAUUAAUAGAAAAAAUAUCUCAAGGUUGAGUCAGGCUUGGCUGCUGGAAGGAGUUCUAUCGUGGCCUUCCUAGCAGUAGCAGCGGGCGACAUUUGGAACUGAUCAGGCCUGUGUCCUCGUGUACAUCCGCCGGCCCCUGGAGCUGUGCAGUGUGCGCAUGAGUCAGAGAGCAUGCAAGUUAACUGCCCAGGUCACAUGGGCAAAUUAACUCUACCAAAAAUAACCCAAAACAGCAUUUCUGGGAAGUGCAAGGGAGGCAGCUUUCAAUGUAAACAAAGGAGCAAAGUAAAGACAAAGGCUCAGUUGGAAAAAGUGAACAUUUGGAAAACUAAGAAUUGCUUUGGGAUAAGAUACUGAGGAAAACAUUUCUUUACAGUAAUUACAGUUUUAAGGAGUUUUUUUCAGAGCUGUCUUGUUUGUGUCAGAUGCAAUGCGUAUAUUUUGAUAAAGUAGCUCAGAAGUUUUUCCCCUUCUAUUUGUAGCCACCACAAACAGACCUACAACCUUUAGCGUUUCCUGUUACAAGCCUUGGAAGGAACUUCCUGUUUUCCCCUUUGUUCUUGCUGGGAAUUGACAAGAUGAUAGAUUCAGUGUGAAAUGGGAUCAUCAAUGGCUGUAAAUUAGAAUCACCUGGGGAGCUUAAACAGCAAAACGCACACUAAAAGGCCAAACAUGUUUCCAGGCCCCCCACCCAGAAAUCCUGAUAUCACUCCAAGGACCGAGACCCCCAUCAGCAGUGUCAGUAAUAGUUUGGAAAAUGCACUACACACAUCAGCACAUUCCAUAGAGGAGUCGCUCCCCAGGAGGCCUUUAGGAAAACACUCCAAAGUGAGUGUUGAAAAGAUAGACCUGAAGGGAUUAUCACACAAAAAAAAUGAAAGAAAUGUUGAAUGUUCCUUUGAGGUCUUGUGGUCUGAUUCUUCAGUAACAUCAGUAACCAAAUCUUCCUCUGAAGUGACUGAAUUUAUUUCAAAGUUAUCUCAGCUGUACCCUGAAGAAAAUUUGGAGAAAUUCAUUCCUUGCUUAGCUGGCCCAGAUUCCUUUUAUGUAGAGCGAAACCACAUGGAUCUGGAAGCGGACCUGAGGUAUUUGGCUUCAUUGCCUUCUCAAAUAUUAAGAAACGACCAUGUUAAGAAAUUUUUCAGCACUUCAUCUCCCACCCAACAGCUUCAAAGUCCAAGUCCUGGCAACCCCUCCCUUUCUAAAGUAGGUACCAUGAUGGGCGUGUCUGGAAGGCCCGUGUGUGGAGUAGCUGGCAUCCCGUCUCCCCAGAACAGCACCCAGCACCACAUGCAGCACUCUGCCAGUGCGGCUGCCACCCUGCCCCACUGUGCCCAUCCUCCAGGCGCCGGCUCGGCAUUGACCUACCGAGCCCAGAUGGACACCUCGCCCACCAUCCUGAUGUCUUCCAGUCUGCAGAGCCCUCAGACCCAGGAGCAAAACGGGAUUUUAGAUUGGCUCAGGAAACUGCGUUUGCACAAGUACUAUCCCGUCUUCAAGCAGCUCACAAUGGAGAAGUUUUUGAGCCUUACUGAAGAAGAUCUUAAUAAGUUUGAGUCCCUCACCAUGGGAGCGAAGAAAAAGCUCAAGACUCAGCUGGAGCUGGAAAAGGAGAAGUCGGAGAAGCGGUGCCUGAACCCCUCAGGCCCAGCCUCGGUCACCAGCAGCGGUGUGGCGCGAGUGCCCCCCACCAGCCAUGUCGGGCCCCUGCAGCCCAUGCGAGGCAGCCACGCUGCAGAGCUGCGGGUGGAGGUGGAGCCGCCGGCUCACCAGGUGCCCCGGGAAGGCAGCUCCUCAGAAUACUCCAGUUCCUCAUCCAGCCCGAUGGGGGUGCAGGCCCGGGAGGAGAGCUCAGACAGCGCUGAGGAGAAUGACAGACGUACUGAGGUCCACCUGGAGGGCUCUGAGAAGGAGAAGCCAGUGAUGCUGUUGAACCACUUCCCUUCCAGCUCAGCCCGCCCCACAGCACAGGUCCUCCCUGUGCAGAAUGAGGCGGGCUCCAGCGCAGCGGGCCACCACGCCCUGCCCCCACAGAUGAUGCCCACAGCCUCCCACCUCGCGCCCAUGCGGCUGCUGAGCUCUGUCCACAAAGCGGAGCGAGGCACUGCGGACGUGAAACUGCUCUCGGCUUCCAUGCACUCACUCUUGUCUCUAGAGGAAAGGGGCAAAGUCUCUGGACCAAGAAGCAGCGUUAAAGUGGACAAGGGCUUUGGGAAUGCCCUGAUGGACGUGCUGCCCGCGCCCGCUCCCCAUCAGCCCGUGCAGGUCCUUGCCGCUGUCCCCGAGGGCAGCUCCCUGUCCCCCACUGUCUCCUUUGGUCCCCGGGCCAAAGUCGUGCAUGCCUCCGCGCUGGACCGGGUGAUGAAGACGGCCCAGCAGCCCGCCCUGGUGGUGGACACCAGCACUGCGGCCACCGGCACCUCGAGCUCUGUCUUCCAGGUGGCUCGGCCGCCCAUCAAGCUCCUAGUGUCCUCAUCAGUCCCUGCGGACUCAGCCGUCUCUGGGCAGACUUCCUGCUCCAACAGUGUGCAGAUAAGUGUGCCCCCUGCAAUAAUCAACCCCCGGACUGCUCUGUACACAGCCAACACCAAAGUUGCCUUCUCUGCAGUGAGCAGUGUGCCCGUGGGCCCAAUGCAAGGCAGCUUCUGUGCAAACAGCAACACUGCCUCUUCCGGUAGCCACCCGUCGACUUCGUUUGCAAACAUGGCAAAUUUGACCAGCUGCCCGGCCCCCAGCCCCAGCCCCACGCUUUCCUCGGUUCCUGAGAAUAGUUUCUAUAGCAGCAGCAGCAGCAGCAGCAGCAGCAGCUCCACGGGAAACAUUCCCACUUCCAAUCAGAACCACCACCACCACCACCACCAUCAGCAGCAGCCGGCGCCACCGCAGCCUGCACCACCACCACCCGGCUGCAUUGUCUGCACGUCCUGCGGGUGUAGUGGGAGCUGUGGGUCGAGUGGCCUGACGGUCAGCUACGCCAACUACUUCCAGCACCCAUUUUCAGGGCCGUCCAUGUUUACGUUCCCCUUCCUGCCCUUCAGCCCCAUGUGCAGCAGUGGCUAUGUGGGCACCCAGCAGUAUGGUGGGGGCGCCGCCUUCCCGGUAGUCCACUCCCCGUACAGUGGCAGCUUGGCCGCAGACUCCGUGCUGGGUGGACAGUCCACGUUCGCUGUCCCCCCGAUGCAGAACUUCAUGGCGGGCUCGGCUGGCGUCUAUCAGACCCAGGGGCUGCUGGGCAGUAGCAAUGGCUCCAGUCACAAAAAGAGUGGGAACCUCUCUUGUUACAACUGUGGGGCCACUGGCCACCGGGCUCAGGACUGCAAGCAGCCGUCCAUGGACUUCAACCGGCAAGGUACUUUUAGGUUGAAAUACGCCCCUCCAGCAGAAAGUCUGGAUUCCACAGAUUGAUAUUUUUCUCUGGCAACAGAACAUUAUUAAGCCAUGGAGACGUGAGGAAAAUUAAAUACAAAACUGAGCAGUCUAGUUGCUGUUGAGCUUAAUAUUUUUAAUCCAAAGGUGCUUUACUUUACUAGACUGGAUAGAAAACCUAGCUUAGGAGUGCAUCAAACUCAAUUUUAUUGCCAAAACCCGAGUUUGGAGCUUGCUGUCAGGACUUUCCUAGUGUGUGUCUCCAUGGUUGGUGAAGUUUGCCACCAGUGUGCAUGGUGGCAGUGCAGGAACCUCCCAUCUCCGAAGAGCACAGCCGUGACGGGCCCUCUAGGCUGACACGCAGCUCCAGGGCAGCUACACGCGACCUGAACCGAGGACUGAAGGUUGACGUUUUCCAAGUGGAGUUUCACCAGUCGGAGUCUUGACACCCCUGGUUAGGAAAAAUGUCUACUUUUUUUGUUGUUGUUCCCUAAAGUGGUUAGGCACUAAUCUCUGGGAUUUUUAAGGAUUGCACUACAGAAGAAUGUAGAAUGAGGUGGAUCUCUGCAGUUGUGGGAGACAGAACGCCUCUGAGACCAGCCAGCACAAGAGCCGAGCUACCCAUCCGGAUCAGAGAGCUGGCACCAGCAGGCGAUGAGACCACAGAGAGGUCACUAGUUCCCUUCCUCCUCAAACACUUGUAGCAGUUUCAGGUUUUUAAUUUUUUUUUUUUU